UCUCAUACUUACAAAAUUGAUCAUACCAAUAACCGGUUUAGUACUAUACCGGAUAUAUAUUUUUCCACUAAAAGCAAUGUCCUCAACCAGUUUAGAGCCGGUUCAUAUCUGCUUUGAUGAUGCUACCAUAACCGGAGAUGAAAUCACAGAAAUUUUGGAAUUUCUUCAAUCAGAUACGUCGGACAACCCGAGCGGUUCAAACGAGUUGGAAGCACCGGUUGAUGAGAGGAAGAGAAAGCGAACGAUAUCAAACCGGGAAUCAGCAAAGAGAUCAAGGUUAAGAAAGAAGAGACGUUUUGAGGACUUAACCGAAGAGGUAAACCGGCUGAAGUCUAAGAAUCAGGAGCUUGUUAACCAGCUGGCUAAUGUGUUGAGCUGUGGUAAUGCCAUAUCAAAGGAGAAUAACCGAUUGAAAACUGAAUCGGUUUGCCUUGAGUUCAGGCUUCUAGAGUUGUACCGGUUUUUAGUGGCCAUGCAAUCGCCAAUCUCAACGAGUUUAAAUUACAUUUCAAAGCUUAUGAUUUAA